UGCGUACCUAGAUUCGAAUUGAUUGUGCCUGAUCUGUACUCAUCAUGUCGUUGACGAGUGAUUUGGCAGCUACUAGUAACAACAAAGGCAUUGCCGCUCGUAGUGUCAAGACACUACACGUGGCUCCCAUGAUCCGAGUCUCCACACCCGAAUUUCGCGCUUUCGUCCGAAUUCUGACCAAGAAGGCAACUUUGUGGACGGAAAUGGUCGUCGACGAAACGCUGUGGUACCAUAGAAACGAUCCCGGAGCCUUGCAGACUUACUUGGGAAGCUUGAAACGAACCGAUUCCAAUGAUCAUGAGAUAAGCGCUCAGCAGCGCAAUCCCAUUGUCUGUCAACUGGGCGGAAUCACACCAAAGCACACAGCCAAAGCGACCCAAAUUAUCACUGCCUUUGGCUACGACGAAAUUAAUCUCAACAUGGAUUGUCCCAGUGCCCGUGUAUCUCCGCAACCGCGUCGACGACGGCAAUUUGGUGCGAUCCUAAUGAAAGAAACGGAUCGGGCGGUGGAGCUCGUUAAAACGAUAUGGGAGAAUACGCACUUGCCCGUGUCCGUCAAGUGCCGGGUGGGAGUUGACAACGAGGAUAGUUGGGAAUUUUUGGAGGCUAUCGUCCGAUCGCUGCGUCCCUACUGCCAACGCUUUUAUAUACACGCACGGAAAUGCCUACUCCAAGGUCUGAGCCCGGCCCAAAACCGUAUCGUCCCACCCUUGAACUAUCCCUGUGUCUAUCGGCUAUGUGAGUCAUUUCCAGAUUGCGAAUUUUACUUAAAU